AUGCUUCUGCUUCUACUAGUUCUCAUCGGUGGAGGUGACGCCAUCGCCAGGUUUUACCUGUUGAAUCGGCAAUCGCCAGAGUUGAAGACGGAAAUCACUGAUGAUAAUUUGCGUUUAGUGAACGCGAAUCUCACCGUCAAGUUCAUGAUUCACGGAUGGGGAGAGAGUGCCGACAAGGAUUGGUACACGGCUUUGACGGAUGCUUAUCUGCUGCGGUACGAUUGCAAUGUGAUCCAGGUGGAUUGGAGGAAAGAGGCGGCGCAAUUGUACACGAUCUCGGCGGAAAACACUAGGAUAAUCGGUGAAAGCGUUGGAGAGUUCAUCGUGAAGCUGAACAAGUAUCUGGGCUUGGGUUUGGAGAAGGUGCACGUGGUGGGGCAUUCUCUGGGAGGUCAGGUGAGCGGCUUCACCGGGAAGGCGGUGCAGCGUUUGAUCGGCAAGAAGAUCGACAGGAUCAGCGGUCUGGAUCCGGCCGGACCUGAGUUCGAGGGGAUGAACGCGAAGGACAGAUUGGCCGUCGGCGAUGCCAACUUCGUGGAUGUUACCCAUACGGAUGGUGGGAUCUUCGGAUUCAGAGAUCCGAUCGGAACCGUCGAUUUCAUGCCAAACGGAGGCGUCAGGCCGCAGCCCGGAUGCACGAUCACGAGCUACGACAAUCAACUCAGUUUGACUCAAAUCUUGUUUUGCAGCCACAUCCACAGUUACCUCUUCUUCAUCGAGUCCAUCAACGAUGAUAACCAAAUUGCCUAUAAAUGCGACACUUAUAGAAACUACGAAAACGGGUAUUGCACCAUGAACGAGCAGACCAUCUACGGAGAAGACGUGGACAGAAAUGCCGUCGGCACGUUCUUCUUUAAAACCACACCAGAAGCUCCGUACUUCACUUAA